UAUUGUUGUUGAACACAAAAGAAAAUCGUCAAUUAAUAAACACUUUGCCAGCGCGAAACACAAGCGGAGGAUGUCAGAAACGCACCAAGGCUCUAAGACAAGACAAAUCACGGUGACACAGGCAGUGGCAUCCCGAUCAAUUGCAAGCGCUGAGAGGAUUAAGAUUUGUGAAGAUUGGGUUGCCACCUGCACUGCUGUAAACAUUCCGCUCUCUAAAAGUGACCAUCCAGCUUUAAGAAAAUUCCUUAGGGAGAAAGUUAUAAAUGGUGGAGCCAUACCUGGAUUUCACCAGCUUCAGGAACAUUACCUGGAAGCAGUAUACCAGAAAGAAAAAGAGCACCUUAAAACACUUGUAGCUAAAAAGCCUGUUGCUGUGAUUUUUGACGAAACUCCAGACGUAGAGGGCAGAUGUGUUCUAAACAUCCUAAUUGCUCCGCUGGAGAAGGAUGUUUCGGAGAGAAUAUUGGCAUACCUUGCAGACACAGUGUUUCUUGAGGAGUGUAACCAUUCCACAGUGUCUAAGGCGGUUGUCAAGUGUCUACACGAAUACAACAUAGACAACGAUGAUGUUGUGGUGUUCAACACUGACAACGCGGCCUAUAUGAAAAAGGCCUAUAAAGCUGCGUUGCAAUCCUUAUUCCCAAACUCAAUUCAUGUGACAUGCUUGGCUCAUAUAAUGAACCUGAUAGGUAGUGCCUUCCGGAGACCUUUUGACCAACUGAAUGCAUUCAUGCUGUGUUUCUCACAAAUGUUCUACCAAGCUGGCUCCCGGAAAAGAAGAUAUCUUCAAUACCUGACAAAAAAACUACCAACAGGAAAGAAAGCUACGAUGUCUCCAAAUCCAUGUGCUACGCGCUGGAACUCGUGGUUCACUGCAGUCCAGUACCAUUCAGAACAUUUCGGACUCUACAAGGAGUUUAUUGAGAUGGAAGUGGAUACUUGUGGCAGAAGCACGCCUCAGAGUGUGGAGAGACUCCAUGAAAUGCUACAUGAUCCAGAUAUGGCUCAAAGUCUGCAGGUUGAGAUAUGCAUCAUGUCAGAGAAGUGCAAAAGAGUAAUUCAACUUCUGGACAUCUUCCAGAGUAGACGUCCCGUAACCACCAAGGUUUUUGACUACCUUGAGGAUCUGCACAUGCACAUUUUGGCAAAUGCACAACUACAGUAUGAAGCAUAUGCCCAGUACUUUGAGGGACUUGACCUGACUUUAGCUAUAAAGAACCACAUCCUUAACAAAGUGGAACAGGCUUACAACAAUGCAGAGGACAAACUCAAAAAGUACAUGUCAGAUGGACAACCCGCCAUUCAUUUUCUGAAUGAAGUCAGGGUCUUUGAUCCUCGUCACACUGCAUUUAUGGAUGAGAGUGUGGUCAGCUACAAAUACAUUCCAGGCUUCAGUGCUGUUCCUACAGAAGAAUUUGAUGCCUACUUCACCCAUCUAGGUCCAACUGCACUCAGAGCUUCAGCAAGUGGAGUGGUGGAUUUAGAUGUUUUCUGGGAUGGGUUGCAGGAAAGGCUGCCCAUACUGAGUGUCCUGGCGAAACGAUACAAAGAUGUCAUCGUGAACUCUGCAGAUGCUGAACGCAGCAACAGUAUAUAUAAGCUGGUUUUGUCCAGCCGAAGGAGAUCCAUGUCAAACAACAACCUCAAAGCCUUGGUCUUCUUAUACCACAACCAAAGACUUACCAGUGGAGCUUUUGAAAUGCAGGAAGAUUUUGAGGAGGACAUGGAGGAUAUUGAGGAUUAG